AUGGAAGAAAUGUUAUUUCAUCGCCAAGAAGAACUCGAAUCUUUAAAUAUAUCAAGUAUUGGUGUCCCAAUAUCAUGUUCAACUUUCACAACUUGUGAUGUACAGGAGCCAUGUAAUUUACCAAGUACGUCAGUAUUAAAAUCAAAUACAUCAAUAUUAAAUACACCGCAAACUAAAAAUAAUUUAACGCGUGUGAAACCAUCUGUUAGAAAUAUACAGAUGUGUAAUUAUAAUUUAUUGAAUAAUAACAGAAAUCAAACUGAUAAAAAUACGAUAAUUCAUCAGCAAACUAUGGAAUUUACACCAGUACAAGGUAAUUGUAUUUUAAAUAAAACAAAUAUUAAAUUACCAGAUGCUAAUCGUUUUUCAAUGGACGUUAAUACAUCACUUGAUAAUAUUUAUCAUAAAUGCUCUGAAGAUGAUAAUGGAGAUGGCGAGAAUAAAGUUGGUGGUAAAAAAAAUUUGAAACACGGACACAUGGCGAUUAUUGAUGAAGAAAAUGAUCAAGAGGGAAGAUUUAUUGAUAACAAAGUUUGUAGUAUUAAUAAAUUAAUUAGUGAUAAAGAAAGCUUGGAAUGUGAUGCGAUUGAGGGGACACCGGAACAAACUCAGCAGAGUCAGUUGAGAAGAAACAUUUCCCGAUUAGUUGCACAAAAAACUAGUAUUGCGAGUAAAAAUGGUGAUGAAGGCAGAGAUGGAUUGGACAGAACGAUUGUUUUAGACGAUUUGACUCUUGAUAAAAAUCCCAAACACAACAGUCCUGUUUCUCUGUCUCCGCUUAGUCCGAUGCCCAGCAGUCUGAGUCCUGUACAAGUAAAGAAACCGCUCAGAAGAAGAAGAGUCAGAAGAAAUGUCACCCAGACUGUCUUCACUAGGUCACAAGUUAAUAGUAUUAAUCAUGGAAAUCAAGUUUCUACGUCGAGUUUGAGUGACUCGAAUCUUCAGUCUGAAACACAGAGGAAGAAAAUAAUUGACAAGGAGAUGGAGGAGGAAGAGAAGAAGAAUAAGAAGAAGAGAGUUAUUAAGAUUAGUCAGAAAAUUGAUAAAAAUGGAGCUGGAGCUCGAGUUCAUGAUAAUAAUCAUGACAGUCCAAUGAGUUCAAAUGUAUUUAUGGAAAAUAAAAGAUUGGCGAAAAAAAGUCGUAAUCACAGUAAAUCUAUUAUUAUUGUAGCUACGGGUUUAUGUAACGGGGAUAAAGAUAUCGUUAGAGAGGCGAUUAAAAAAAUUGCCGGGGCUAAAAUGGAAUCUACUGUUAGUAAAAAAACAACUCAUGUUGUUACAACUGGAGUCCGUACUAUUAAUUUACUUCGUGGUAUAAUAAGGGGUUGCUGGGAAAAUCGACGGGAUCGAGAAAUAUUUGGCAGCUCUUACGUACCCGAGUUAUUUACAGCCAGUGGAUUGAUACAUAUUCAAAAUAACACAACCCCACCCCAAAAUGUAUUAAAGGAGUUAAUUAAAACAGCCGGUGGUUAUACAAUUGAUGAUCCUAAAAAAGCUAGAAUAAUAAUUGGCCCCACUGGUAUCAAAGAACUUUGGGUGUUAGAUUCUAUUACAACCGGUGAAUUACAAUCUAUUGAUCAGUACAAAAGAUAA